AUGCCUCCCAAGGUGUCCAAGUCAAGCAGUCUGAAGACUUUGCGUGUGAAGUUAUCGGAAACGAUUACAGACUUUGAAGAUAUUCGAAAAUUUAUCUCCAUUAUUGGGGAAACUACCACUUGUAGUCAAAUCAAGGUAAGGCUGGAAAGACUUGAUGAUUUGUGGGAGAGGUUUAGCGAUACAAUUAUUGAAGUAAAAACUCACGAAGAUUUUGUGGCUGAGGAUUUUAAUUUUUCCAAAGAACGCCAAGAUGUUAGUGAUUUUUAUUAUGAAGCGAAGGCUGUCUUAAUGGAUAAGCUCAAGGAUCUUCAGGAGCCUUUUGUGGAUAGUGUAGAUCGCUUGAAUGAGACGUCUGCUCAACACACCUUAGAUCACGUGCGACUUCCACAAAUAAAGCUACAAACAUUUAGUGGAAACAUCGACGAAUGGAUGAGUUUUCGUGAUCUGUACACUUCUCUCAUCCAUUGGAAGACUGAUCUUCCGGAUGUAGAGAAGUUUCAUUAUUUGAAGGGUUGUCUGCAAGGUGAGCCGAAGAGUUUGAUUGAUUCUCUUCAAAUUACGCGGGCAAAUUAUCAGGUGGCCUGGGAUCUUUUGGUAAAACGUUAUAAUAACAGCAAAUUGUUGAAGAAGAAACAAAUUCAAGCUUUAUUUAAGCUCCCUCAACUUUCGAGAGAAUCCCCAUCGGAACUGCAUUGUUUGGUGGAAGAGUUCCACAAGGCUGUUCAAAUACUGGAUCAGGUAGUUCAAGCUGCUGAUUACAAAGAUUUGUUGUUGGUACACUUAUUAACCAGUCGUUUAGAUCCAGUUACGCGUCGCAGUUGGGAAGAGCACUCAGCUUCUGAAGAACAAGAAACAAUUAAUCAGCUUAUGGAUUUUCUUCAGAAAAAGGUCACAGUUCUGGAAUCUUUACCGGUCAAAUCUGCUGAAUCUAAAUUGGUUAAUCAACAUCUUUCGAAACCACGGCUACCUUUUGUGAAAACAAGCUACGGGUCUUUUCAGACGUCAGGUUCUAAUUGCCCCAUGUGUUCUGGAGGUCACUUCUUGCACGAGUGUGCUGAUUUUAAAAAACUCAAUGCAACUGAAAGGGAUUCGGUCUUAUUGAAACAGGCGUUGUGUCGAAAUUGUCUCCGAGCUGGGCAUCAGUCAAGAGACUGCAAAUCGAAAUUUUCUUGUCGGAAUUGCAAGGGACGCCAUCACACUUUGGUUUGCUUUCGAUAUGGUAACGGAAAUACUGCUAGCACAAGUAAUUUAAAUCAUCGGAACAAUGGUAAUACGGUAAAUGCUGCGAAUGUCGAGUCAGACGAGUUAGAGAAUGUCACGUCAGCGUCGGCGUCAGGUGUGAAGCGUCCAUCUACGGUUUUGCUAGCCACGGCGGUUGUUUGGUUGGAGGAUGAGCAUGGCGUUAAGGUUCCAGCGAGAGCACUUCUCGAUUCCGGGUCGGAAUGCAAUUUUGCUACAGAAAGAGUGAGUCAACUCAUCAAUGCAAGUCGGAAAAGGUGUCGGUUACAGUCCAAGGAAUUGGUCAAUCAAAUUCACAGGUGA